CUCAGCAACACGGCUGCUGCUCCUCAGCGCAGCGACAGGGGUUUCCCCUUAGUCGCUGCUCCCAGCCGAGAUCCAUCGCUGCCGCGACCCGGGGCCGCAAUGCAGUUUAUGUUGCUUUUUAGUCGUCAGGGGAAGCUGCGACUGCAGAAAUGGUACGUCCCCCUGUCAGACAAAGAGAAGAAAAAGAUCACAAGGGAACUCGUUCAAACCGUCUUGGCUCGGAAGCCUAAAAUGUGCAGCUUUCUCGAGUGGCGAGAUCUGAAGAUUGUUUACAAGAGAUAUGCAAGUCUGUACUUUUGCUGUGCUAUUGAGGAUCAGGACAAUGAACUCAUUACCCUGGAAAUAAUUCAUCGUUACGUGGAACUCCUUGACAAGUACUUUGGCAGUGUGUGUGAACUUGACAUCAUCUUUAAUUUUGAGAAGGCGUAUUUUAUUUUGGAUGAGUUUCUUCUGGGAGGGGAAGUUCAGGAAACUUCCAAGAAAAAUGUCCUGAAAGCCAUCGAGCAAGCGGAUCUCCUGCAGGAGGAAGCUGAAACCCCACGUAGUGUUCUUGAAGAAAUUGGACUGACAUAACUCUCCUCCCUUGUUGAUGACUUCUUGUGGCAUUUCACACACUGUAGACGCUCACUGCCUUUCAUGUCCAUGUUAGCUAAUGGUGUAAGAUGUUUCGUCAGUAUUACUGUUUUGCUAAGCUGCUUCGUUCAGGCCUACACAAAAGUAUUUUUUUUAAAGGGAACUUUCGUUAAUCAAGUGGUAAAUUAAGGGACUUAAAUAUGAGAGACAAUGAUCCAGAAAAAAUUAUGCUUUUCUAGAUCUUGCAAAGUUUGUUAGCUCCUCUUACGACGAUUACGUGUAUAUAUAUAAAUGACACCUAUGUGAGACAUGCAGAAUCAAAGAAUUAGGUAAUAGCAUAGAGUACACUUACUGUAUUUGACAAAGGAAACUGGCAAAUUACAAUGUGAAACCUGGUUUUUUAAAGCCAAAGACUAGUGCAGCUUCAGUAU